CUUAGCUUGAGCUCUUACAAUUAGAAAACGUAUAAAGUAAUUUCAAGCAAAAGGGAAGAUCACAAUGGCCUAUCAGCUCUACCGCACGACCACUCUGGGCAUCACGCUGCAGGAGACUCUCACCGAAUGCGUUCAGAAGGGUGAGAUGACCCCUGACCUGGCCCGCACGGUGCUCCUUCAGUUCGACAAGAGCAUGAACGAGGGCCUCAAACAGAAUGCCAAGUCGCAACUCGCCUUUAAGGCUAUGAAGCUGGAAACAUACCAGAUGUGCGACGAUGUGUGGACCCUCAAGCUGAACGAUGUGGAAUUCCGCGAGAAAGAAUUUGUCCUCAAGGUCGACAAGGUGAAAAUUGUAGCCUGCGUAGCCAAGGAGGAGAAGACAAACACGAAAUGAUUGUUCAAUAAAGAAAAUGCUAAACGAAAUACUAAUUCAGUUUCGUGCAUCAAAA